UAGUUUCAUCAUUUUUUAGCUAUUGUUAUAUAACCCCUUUUGAUUUUUAUUGGUGUUAUAGUGAUAAAGUUUGAAUCUUUAUCUAUGUUUCUGUGAACCCUUUUUGGUUUCUUGAAGUAUUAAACCUGGAAUUUGGUUAUUUGGGGCAUGCAAAUUCUUGAUUGAUUAUGAAGUAUUUUGGGGUUGUGGGGUUAAUCUUGAUUUGGUUUUUGGUUUUUGUUAGCUUUGUUGAGGUUAAUGAAGGUCAAAUUCUAACUACACUUGAUGGACCUUUUAAGCCAGUGACUGUCCCUCUGGACCAAAGUUUUAGGGGACAUGCUGUAGAUUUGCCAGACACUGAUCCUAGAGUUCAAAGGACUGUUAAAGGAUUUGAGCCUGAGCAGAUAUCUGUUUCCCUUUCUGCUACUUAUGACUCUGUUUGGAUUUCUUGGAUUACUGGCGAAUAUCAAAUUGGCUACAAUAUUAAACCAUUGGAUCCAAGUGAAGUUGGUAGUGUUGUUCAAUAUGGGAAACAUAUAUUUUCCUUAAGACGCAAAGCAAUCGGCCAGUCCGUUAUUUAUAAUCAACUUUAUCCAUUUGAAGGACUUCAGAACUACACUUCUGGUAUUAUACACCAUGUCCAACUUACAGGAUUGAAACCAGACACAUUAUACUAUUAUCGAUGUGGAGAUCCUUCUAUACCAGCUAUGAGUACUAUCUAUCAUUUCAAGACCAUGCCUAUUUCGUCUCCAAAGAGUUAUCCGAAGAGAAUAGCAAUUGUAGGGGACCUUGGUCUUACAUACAAUACCACUUCUACAAUUAGCCAUUUGAUGGGAAACAAUCCAGAUCUUGUUCUAUUAGUGGGAGAUGUUACGUAUGCUAACUUGUAUCUCACUAAUGGAACUGGUUCAGAUUGCUAUUCAUGCUCAUUUCCCGACACUCCAAUACAUGAGACAUAUCAACCUCGGUGGGACUAUUGGGGAAGAUAUAUGCAACCGUUAGUGUCCAAAAUUCCCAUCAUGGUGUUGGAGGGGAACCAUGAGAUAGAAGAACAAGCUGAAAAUCAGACAUUUGCAGCAUAUCGUUCUCGCUUUGCUUUCCCAUCAAAAGAAAGUGGAUCAUCAUCCCCGUUAUACUAUUCUUUUAAUGCGGGAGGCAUACACUUCAUCAUGCUUGGGGGAUAUGUCGCCUAUAAUAAAUCAGAUGAUCAAUACAUGUGGUUGGAGAAGGACCUGGCUAACGUUGAUAGGACAGUUACUCCAUGGCUAGUUGCCACUUGGCAUCCACCUUGGUACUCUACUUACACAGCACACUAUCGAGAAGCUGAAUGUAUGAAGGUAGCAAUGGAAGAAUUGUUGUACGAGUAUGGUGUCGAUUUAGUCUUCAACGGACAUGUUCAUGCCUAUGAAAGGUCCAACAGAGUCUAUAACUACACACUGGACCCUUGCGGUCCAGUCCAUAUAACUGUCGGUGAUGGCGGAAACCGCGAGAAGAUGGCGAUAGAACACGCUGACGAGCCAGGAAAAUGUCCUGAACCAUCUAGCACACCAGACAAAUUUAUGGGUGGAUUCUGUGCCUAUAAUUUUACAUCAGGUCCAGCAGCCGGCAACUUCUGCUGGGAUCAACAACCUGAAUAUAGUGCAUAUAGAGAAAGUAGCUUCGGCCAUGGAAUACUCGAGGUGAAAAAUGAGACACAUGCUCUAUGGACAUGGCAUAGGAACCAAGAUAUGUACAAUAAAGCUGGAGAUAUAAUUUACAUAGUGAGACAACCUGAGAAAUGUCCUAUUAAACCAAAGGUAAUUAAGCCCUGGUUAUUACAAAAUUACAAAUUUGAUUUGAUGAAAAAAUUAAUCUAACCCCAAAUUAUAUAGAGAAAAAAAUUUCCACUUUUUGGAAAUUUUGAUUCACAAAUCAUAGUAUUUGAUAACACUAAUAUUUUUUAGUACAACAAAAAAUGUUAAGAAAUUCCACAUUUGUUGUAUAUUUUUGGAAGAGAUUACUAUAUUUGAAUUUUAAUAUUUCAUGUAAUUUUUAUUUGAUUUGUUAUGAAUGUAAUGGAAAUACAUUUCCUCUUUCAUUUUA